AGAGGAUUUUAGGGAUAAUAAUCAGCAGCUGGCUUGUUUGACAACGCACACACCUCUCUCUCUCUAUAAAUAUAACGUACAUAAAUUGAUAUACCCACUUUCUUUCUCCUCCUCUUCUCUGGACUCAACUCAUUUCUACACACACAAUGUCGGCUUACACUAACCAUAACCAGGAUCCUCGUCUUCAUGGCAUCAAAACUAAGAUUCGUGUCGUCCCUGAUUUCCCUAAAGCUGGUAUUAUGUUCCAAGACAUAACAACUUUGUUGCUGGAUCCCAAAGCUUUUAAGGACACGAUUGAUUUGUUUGUUGAACGUUACAAGGGCAAAAAUAUUUCUGUUGUUGCAGGAAUCGAAGCUCGUGGUUUCAUUUUUGGUCCUCCCAUUGCCCUAGCAAUAGGAGCAAAGUUUGUACCCUUGAGGAAACCGAAGAAGUUGCCUGGCAAAGUUAUAUCUCAAGAAUAUAUUCUGGAAUAUGGAAGGGAUUGUCUUGAGAUGCAUGUUGGAGCUGUUGAAACUGGUGAACGUGCUAUUGUGGUUGAUGAUUUGAUUGCAACUGGUGGAACGCUCGGUGCAGCAAUGAAUUUACUUGAACGUGUUGGAGCAGAGGUAGUGGAGUGUGCAUGUGUAAUUGAAUUACCGGAACUGAAGGGUCGUGAACGUUUGAAUGGGAAGCCGUUGUACGUGUUGGUGGAAUACUUUGAUAUAUGAGCUGCUGCUCGUGAAUAUGGUUCGUUCCCAUACAAUCAAAUUAUGGAUUUGGGAGAUGUCAUUUAGUGGACACUUUCACAUUUUGAGUCCCAUCUAAUUAAUUAGCUUGUAGUAUGAUCAAUCAAAUCAAAUUAAUGAAUUUGUAUGACCCACCCUUUGGGUCUCUCUCGUCUCAUCUCUGCACCCCCAUUUUUCUAAUAAAUUUAUGACAUGACAAAAAUGAAAACUGGGCCCAGACUCUAGAGGUGACUUAUAAAUUUUGCAUGGAGAUUAAUUUAGUGAAGAAGGAUGCGUUAUUUACUAUAUUAUAUGGUGGUAUUAAUGACAUA